AUGGACAAUAUGAAGCAAGCAACCAGUGGCAAAUACCUUGGACUACCUAUGACCAUAGGCAGAACCAAGAAUCUGGUUUUUGGCAAUAUAAAGUGCAAGGUUAAUAGCAAGCUGCAAAGGUGGAAACAAAAAUUACUGAGUCAAGGGGGCAAAGAAGUACUUGUUAAAGCUGUCAUCAUGGCCAUGCCCUCGUAUGCAGUACUUGUUAAAGCUGUCAUCAUGGCCAUGCCCUCGUAUGCAAUGUCUUGCUUUAGACUCCCUAAAGGUCUAUGCAAGGAUAUCAGCAGGAAAGUUGCCAACUUUUGGUGGAGAAGUGAGGAUAACAGAAGGAAAGUGCAUUGGGCCAGCUAG